AUGUACUGGAGACUGAGCAAUGGUAAGAAUGUAAUUCCGAUUCGGCACAUUGCCCAGCGAUGGAGACUGUCGUGUAAGCUGAAUCAACCUGCUGAAGAGGAAGACGCCCCCCAAGAUCAGAUCGCACGCAAGUCCUUCCAAAUCCGUGAGUCGAUGAUGGUGUCAAGCAAACACAAGGUUCUCAAUGGCACCACCAAAUUCAGUACGGCUUGUCGACGCGGUACUCAGAUUGCUGACAUUAUGAGCCGUAAUGGUACAGCAGUCUUCAAUGAGAUGCUGGCAGCUUUGGACAAGUUUGAGGAGAUCAUCAAGGACGGGGUUGCACCGUUCGUGGGUCGUGAAGGUCAAUGGUUUGACCCACUUUCUCAGUUAUCGAUUUCUUCGUACGACCUACCUUCUGCUGUCGAUGCAAGCGGCACCACAACAUCCGAUCAAGAAUUGGAUCCUGUUUCCCCCAAAAUUCUCGAACAAAGUCCUGAAUGUGACUAUUCUGAUGACGUGCCGCAAACACACCCACACCUGUGCGACUCUAUGGAUACUGAGACUACAACUACAGAUGCUGUGCCAGGGAGUAUCAAUACCGUGACGUCAAAUACAAAUGGGGUGGCUACAAGUACCACAGGAACACCUCCAGUGGCUACACGUACCAGCGGAGUGGCUGCAGGUACCAUAGGAGAAGCUGCAGUGGCUACAGGUACUGAUGGAGUGCCUACAGGCUCUCAGAAGGGUUCAACUGUACCUACGGUGACUGAGGAUACCAAUCGCGCAAAGGAUGUAGAAACGGCGCCAACAAGCAUCCUGUCGAAGCGACAUCCCACAAGCUCAGCUAGCGAGAACUCUGACACAUCUACACCGGCGACAUUCACGAUCAGUAAAAGUGCGAAGAGCCGUGGGCGCCCUAAAGUGCGAAAACAGCAGAACGUGUCCGGCAAGAAGGAGCGCAUGACUCGUGGAAAGGAAAAGGCGACAAAAUUAGUUCAAGGAACAUUGGUGCCUGUGCCGAGCCUAAAUAAUCUCGUCAAACUUCUGGAUAGGGACUACAGAUACAUUGAUAUCAAGUCGUCGACGCAGUCGCUCUCGGAACGAUCGGUCCCACAAUCUAAGAAGGCUAUUGCUGGAAUUUUCACAUCCGAGGAGAGCGAAAACGACAUUCGCUACAUUUUCCCGCAGUGGUUUGUGACGAAAGCACAGAGUGCUAUUCAGCAGUUUCGAAAAGCCGUACCUGUGGACUGUGGCGAAGAUGGCGUAGGAGUACGAGUACCUCGCUUUGGUAUCUAUCAACUAAGGGAUAUCAAUGCGAUGGAUCGCUGGCACCGUGCUUUGAAGUGCAUUACGGACGUGGAAGAUACUGUGGUUUGGGCUGUCAAUACCAGCAACAAACGGUUGUCAUUGCCAGAUGAACUUUUGGACGGCGUGAGUGAUGACAUCGGUAUGCGUGAGCAGAAAAUCAAGACAUUAUUAUUGCGCGGAGGACCGCGUACACCGUUUGGUACUCUAUCGUCACUCUCGCUACUCACGUUACGUGGAAAUAAAUGGUUAGAUGAUGCAUGCAUGGCUCAAGGGCUGGUGCUACUUCAAAAGGAAAACACCAAAGUGGGAAUUAUCGAUCCGAUAUUUCAUCGGUUUCGCGACCGAGAAGAUAAACUACGCGUUAUACGCAGUGGUACUCCUUUUGAUUCCGCCAAUGAGCUGGUAUUGAUGGGGUUACACGUGGAUAACAAUCACUGGUGUGGGAUUGUGUUUGAUUUUCGCCCUGAAACCAGAUCAGUCACGGUAUUCGACCCAUUGCAAGCUACGAAUACCAAUUAUUACGGCAUGUGCGAUGAUUUACUAAAGGAUCUAUUCGGAGAAUUGCGUGCCAACAUGAGGCUCAAGAAGGAAACCAAGCCACGCCAGCCAGAUGGAGCCAAUUGCGGCGUUAUGGUACUCCUCUUCUUUGAGUGCUACAUUCGUGGUAUUUCUAUGCCAACAAGCCAAGCCCCGCAAUGUUGCGCUUUAUGCGGCUGCGCUAUCUACUGA